GACACAGCUCAGCAUUUUCUUCAACUUGUCAACAGAAUAAACCAUCAAUAGAUGCCCCACUAAACUGAUGCCGCACCCUACACAUAACUGAUAAUUAUAAGCCCUGAACAUGUGGAGUCUCUCCCUGUACCCUAGUGCUACAGUCACCCUCAACAUCUGGAGUCUCUCCCUGUACACCAGUGCUACAGUCACCCUCAACAUCUGGAGUCUCCCUGUACACCAGUGCUACAGUCACCCUCAACAUCUGGAGUCUCUCCCUGUACCCCAGUGCUACAGUCACCCUCAACAUCUGGAGUCUCCCUGUACCCCAGUGCUACAGUCACCUCAACAUCUGGAGUCUCUCCCUGUACCCCAGUGCUACAGUCACCCUCAACAUCUGGAGUCUCUCACAUUUACACCAGAGCUACAGUCACCCUCAACAUCUGGAGUCUCCCUGUACCCCAGUGCUACAGUCACCCUCAACAUCUGGAGUCUCUCCCUGUACACCAGUGCUACAGUCACCCUCAACAUCUGGAGUCUCCCUGUACCCCAGUGCUACAGUCACCUCAACAUCUGGAGUCUCUCCCUGUACCCCAGUGCUACAGUCACCCUCAACAUCUGGAGUCUCUCACAUUUACACCAGUGAGCUACAGUCACCCUCAACAUCUGGAGUCUCUCCCUGUACCCCAGUGCUACAGUCACCCUCAACAUCUGGAGUCUCUCACAUUUACACCAGAGCUACAACCUCUUUUAAACCUAUGUGAAAAUAUGUUCACCAGAAUGUUUACAUCCAUCACCAUCUGUCUUUCCUGUGCAAUAUUAUGUGUUGACAUUUGACACGGGAGAUCACUGAAAUGAGAAUGCUUUCUUUGAAACUAAUUUCAGUUAACAUGUAUUCUUCUAUUUUUAUCAAUGAGCCUUUUCAUCAAAUAGCUAUAUUGUUUAAUAUAUGGUACCAUACUAGCACCACAUGUACAUUAUAAGAUUUAUCAAGAGUGAUUGAGCAAUUUGACUCUGCACAUUUUGCACAUCCCACUGUUGAUGGAGUUGAGAGAGCUCCUCAGCUGAGAAUGAUAUUAGGGCUGGUGUAAUCCUCCAAAGUUUCAUGUUGUGUCAGAGAUUUGUAGAAAAGCACUCUAACAUUGGUCAGAAAUACUCACGUCCAUAUGUCUAUCUGCGCAUACCUAGACGCUCGGGGGAGUGGGUAAGUGGAAGAGGGCCAGCAGAAGAGCUAAACGGAGUGGAUUAGAGAUUGUGGGUUAUGGGGAGUGGGUUAGAGGGAGAAGUUUAGAGUAGCAGGUCAGUUGAUGUGUGCAGCAGGUUAGAGGAAGUGGGUCAGGAGAAAUGGGUCAGUGUGGGUUGGAGGGAGCUAGUAUUGGGGGGAGGGCGUUACAGAUGGUAGUAGGUGGU